UGGGCCCAAGUAGUCCUUUCGGGUCCCACCACACCCCAGGGAAGGCCGACUUCCAGGUGCUGGGGCCCCAGCACCCUGUGGUGGCUAUGUUGGGCGAGGAAGCGGAACUGCGCUGCUGGCUGUCGCCCAACAUCAGCGCGCACCUCAUGGAGCUGCGCUGGUUCCGAGAGCAACCUUCGCCCGCCGUGCACGUGCGCCGCGCGGGGCAGGACAAGCCUGAGGAGCAAAUGCCCGAGUACCACAACAGGACUACCUUCGUGGACCUUGACAUGGCCCGGGGCGAGGCUGCGCUUCGCAUCCACCGGGUCACAGCCUCCGACAACGGCAGCUACCACUGCCUCUUCAAGGAGGACAGGGUGCAGGAAGGCACCACCCUGUGGCUGCAAGUGGCAGGGGUGGGUUCCAAGCCCAGAAUUCAAGUGAUCCACACUCCAGACAGAGCUGUCUGGGCAGAGUGCACCUCUGAGGGCUGGUACCCAGAGCCCAAGAUAGAGUGGAGAGGACAGAGAGGGUGUGCUAAGACCAACUUCUCAGUCUCAGCCACCACUGGCCUCUGGGCUGUGGUGUCCAGGGUGGCCCUCCAGGACGCGGCUGUGGAGGGCUUGUCUUGCUCCAUCUCUAACCCUGUCCUCCCUGAGAGGAAGGUGGCUAAAAGUCAUCUGCCUGCACCUUUCUCCAGAGGAUCUCAGUUCAUGAAAUGGAGACUAGCCCUGCCUCUCUCCCUCCUUGCUAUGGGACUUCUGAUGGCCGGAGUCAUCUGCCUCUUUGGAAAAUGUCAAAGGGAAGUAAAUAGGACACAGCUGAUGGAAGAGAUAGAGAGAGGAGGAGAGGAGCAGAUCCAGCAAGCCAGCAUGGCAAGGCCAAUGCCUCUCCAUGUGAGCCCAUCACUGGAUCCUGACACUGCGAGUCCCAAACUCAUUGUGUCUGAGGAUCAGAAAAGUGUGCGACGCCUGCUCUUCGACCAGGACCUGCCCUCUAGCUCCAGAAGAUUUGAGCGGGACCCCUGCAUCCUGGCCCAAGAGCGGUUCUGGGCUGGGAGGUAUUACUGGGAGGUUGAGGUGGGGGACCGGAAGGCCUGGAUUCUGGGUGUAUGCCUAGAGAGUGUGGGUCGGGAAGGCAGGGUCCCCAAGGCCCCACAGCAUGGCCUCUGGGCAGUGGAGCUUUACAAGAAUAAGUUCCGGGCCCUCUCCUACCCUAGGACUCCCCUCUCUCCAUCCCAGCCUCUCCAUAAGGUGGGCAUUUUCCUGGACUGGGAUGCAGGAGAGAUCUCCUUCCACAAUGUGGCUGAUAGUUCCCUGGUUUACACAUUCCAUGGACUGACUUUUUCUGGCCCUUUGCAGCCAUUUCUCUGCCUCUGGACCCAUGACCCCAGGCCCCUGACCAUUUGCUCAGUGGUGAGAAAGACGCAGGAAGCCAUCAGAACCAUUCCUCAGGCCUCUGACUUUCCCCAUGGGACUCCUAGGAGUCUGUUAGGUGGAGAGCAGCACCUACAUUCUCCUUGCUCCUGCCUCUGGUGAUGGUUACUAAAGCCUUAUGUAAAAUAAUGCUAACACAAUUCAGGAGCUGAAUUGUGUCUCUCCCCGUAAAUCCACACAAUGAAGUCUUGACCUCAAGAGCAUCAGAAUAUGGUUGCUUUUGGAGAAUGGGCCUUUAAAAAGGUGAUUAAGGUAAAAUUAGGUCACUUGGGUGGACCCUAGCCAUAUAGGUAUUGUAACUUCUUAGGAAGAAGAGAUCAGGACAUAGAUACACACAGCAGAAAGCUCCUGAGAGGACUCAGACAAAGGCCAUCUCCAAGCGAAGCAGAAAGGCUUCCUUCCUCCUUCUCCCUCCCUCCCUUUUCUUCCUCUUCUUGCCUUCUCUUUCUCCCUUCCCUUCCUCCU